CUCCCCUGUUCUUGUUUCACAUACACCAGCUCAGCUGCAUGGGAUGCACAUGUCCAAGGCCCUGCAACUCUCACACCUCCCAUGUCCGAGACCCUUUUAAGGUAUCCUUCUCCUCCUCCUUCUCUUACCUCAUCUCCUCCUCUAUCCAUUCCAUUUCUCUGUUCUCCCUCGUACCUACCAAAACAGGCACAAAACCUUUUGUACCCACUUCUCUCUUGAAAAUUUCCACAUCACCACCCCCGGGUUCUUUUCAAGCCUGCUGAAGUUUUAGUCUUUUGGUUUAAAUUGAGAUGCCAAUUUCAUUUUCUUUGUGAUGAUUCUCUGGUAAAAAAAAACGCAGCCAAAGGCACAUAUUUGCGCCUCUUGGGUGGCUUUCAAGCCCUGACUCACUUUUUGUGACCCUGAGGUUUCUGAUCUGCUUGUAAACCUUCAAAGCACUUGUCUUUUUCUGGUUCUGGACAAUUUUUGGUCAAAUACCCGGUUCUGAGUUGUUGGAAUUCUCCUGUUUGGUGGUUCUUAGGCUUUAAUAGAAAUUUACGCUUUGAUUAAAUGGUACAACCUUUUGGAAUUGGUGCAACUUGCGAGGGUGUUGCACUAAAUCAUUUGGGUUUGAUGUGUUGAGUCAAGUCCCACUUGCCUGGGGCAUCUUCAGGGUUUGUACCUGGGAUUUUUUGAUCUGCUUUUUGAUUCUCAAGUUAUGGGCUUUUGUAAAUUCUGGUCAGUUUGAUGAUAUACCUGGCGUUUUUUGGCUAGAGUUCUUACUGUUUGGGCAGAUUGAGCUUGAGUUUGAGUUUUCCUAGGGUGAUUCACCCUAAGGAUUGAAUCCUUGGCUGUGUUGCUUACUAGGCAGCGCAAACAGUUGGAUUCGAACCCUUUGCUGUCUCUAAUGGGCACUUCAGCCAUGUAAUUUAAAUUUCAAGUGGGUUUCUGGUGUACUGUAUUCCUGUUAGCUCCUUGUGCAAAAUGACUGGAAAUAGUCACUGUUUUGUGGAGUGGAAAGAGGAAUUUGUGUCGCAGGAGCGUGGAAAUCGUGUGGUUCACUAUUUCUUGAAGGAUUCCGGUGGGGAAUCCGUCCUUGCGGUUGUGGGAACUGAGAGAAGUGUUAGGCACAUGUUCUAUGUUGUUGCCGAGGAGUUCUUGCAGGUUUAUGGGACGGAAAGUUCUAUCCAUGCUGGUUAUAAAUGGCGGUCGAGAAGAGAGGUCGUGGACUGGCUUACGUCUAUGCUAUCGAAGCAGCAAGUACAUGGAGAUCGGUCUGAAUCCCCAAAACAUGAGUCAGCACAACCUUUCGGGUCUCUGGAAUCUCCAAUGGAUGGAGUGGGUGUUGCACAGACUCAAGGACCAGAUGAUACGGGCCGUCUUGCAAGGAGUUUCAAGGGACACCAUCCAGACAUUGUUUGGUCAGGUGUUGCAUGGAAAUGUGGUAAACAGCUCAAGCAUUACCCAGCAUUUUGCAGGAAUGGGACUACAAUAGCGAUUCAAUCUUUUGUCUUUGUAAUGGCUAAGGGAGAAAAUCACUAUCUUGCUUAUUUGGAAGAUAUGUAUGAAGACAAGAGGGGUCAGAAAAAGGUGAAAGUAAGGUGGUUUCACCACACUCAGGAAGUCAAGGGGAUAAUUCCUAUACAAAACCCUGACCCAAAAGAAGUUUUCAUCACUCAAUAUGCACAAGUCAUUAGUGCAGAGUGUGUAGAUGGUCCUGCCACAGUCUUAACCCGUGAACAUUAUGAAAAAUGUUUAGCUUCUUUUCCUCAUCCCUUAUUAGCCAGAAUACAUCUUUGCUAUCGGCAGUUUAGAAGUAACAGAGUGAAGCCUUUUGACCUCACCAAAUUGCGAGGCUAUUUUGAUCAACCAAUUCUCUCUUGUUUGGGUCCCGAUCCCUUCCCAAGGUCUGAGUCUAUUUGCCAUGGUCUUACUGGGGAAGAAGCUGAACAGUUAAGCCCAGGUGACAAUAUAAAGCUGGGAGCUAAGAGGACCAGAAGUGGUAGGAUGUGUCACAGGUUUGUGGCAGAUCAUUCAGGGGUCAGAAAUUCUGGUAGAGUUCGCCAGAUGGUAACAUAUUUACCUUACGAGAACUUAGAUUAUGGUCUGUCAGGUAGCCGAAGAUUGCUUUCCCUAAAGCAUGUUGAGUGUCACCCUUGGUAUACCCCACUAUUUAAGGUUGAUGAAAAGAUAGAGUUGCUCUGCCAAGAUAGUGGCAUCCGAGGCUGCUGGUUCAGGUGUACAGUAAUGCAAGUAUCACGAAAACAGUUGAAAGUUCAAUACGACGAUGUGCGGGAUGAAGAUGGAUGUGGCAAUCUUGAGGAAUGGAUCCCUGCUUUUAGAAUAGCUAUGCCUGAUAAACUUGGCAUGAGGCAUCUGGGUCGCCCUACAACUAGGCCAGCCCCUCCUUCUAAAGAGCAAUCAGACCUUGCUCUUGAGGUUGGGACCGCAGUUGAUGCAUGGUGGAGUGAUGGCUGGUGGGAAGGAGUUGUAACUGGAUUGGAUGACACUGGUGAUGGUACCAUGCAAAUUUACUUCCCUGGUGAGAGGUUGCUAUUGAAUAUACCCAAAAAGGAUCUAAGAGAAUCCAAAGAUUGGAUGGGGGACCAAUGGGUUGACAUACAUGGAAAGCCUGACAUACUGUCAGCCAUCUCUGCAACUAUUGGCUUGGACACUAAGCUUUCCACAUUCUCAAACAUUGUCAAGGAUAUCAAUUCUGGUUUUUCUAUGUCAUAUGUUGAAGUUCCUAGCAGUACUAAAUUAAAUACUGAUGAAGAUGAAAAAGUCGAUUUAGCCGCAUUUGCCAGUUCUGAUGGCCUUCCUGAAGAUGUGGACAGGGCCAUUGAUAAGAAGUCACCAUCAUUAAAUGACAGAGGAACUGAGGUUGAUGGUGUUGACACAAAUUACAGUUGUAAUAAUGUAGAUGAUGUCCAAGGUAAUGAUGAUAAUGACAAACACAAUGAUGGUGAGAAUGGUGAUAACACACAGAAUUUUGACAAUUCCGGGCAGAAUUAUAAAGCAUUAGAACUCAUGGAAUUGGCAGCAUAAGAAUUUCAGUAGCAGUUUGAUGCCUUAAUUUAUGGUGGUGAGGGUGGAAGUAUAUUUGGUUGAUUUUGACUGGUUUGAGUCCGUUGUUUGGAUGCUUGUAAAUAGUUACACGGGUGUAGGGGAAGCUCAUUGCAUUUGGACUUGACUUUGUAGCCUUUGUAGUUGUACAGGUUUGAGGUUUAGAAUCGUAUGAUGGCUACUGGUAUUCAAUGAGUGUAUUAGAAUUUAAAUUCCUUGCUUAGAAGCGCUUCAAAUGAGUUAGAUUGACUCACUUAUGUGCUUCUUACUUAUUCCUUGUACCAUCAAAUUUGAAGACUGCUAUGAAGUUAAACAAAAAAAAAGAAAAAAAAAGAGAGAGAAGACUUUUUUCUUC